AAAGUGUCUCAAUAGAAACAACUUAAAGUUGGUUGAUUUGCUGCAAGAGAUCGAAAAUGAAGGGCAAAGUGGUCGCGAUGAGUGCGAUUGUGGCGGUGCUUGGAAUAAUAUCGGCGGUUGCAGGUUUUGUCGCAGAGGCUACCAAAGUUAAGUUAUCAGAGGUUCGUAUCGAGCAAUUUUCGUGUGUUUACCCAAGUAGCCCAGCACUUGGCCUUGGUAUAUUGGCCGCGAUAUUUGCCCUCAUAACUAGAAUCGUUUUACUCGUAUUAGUCGGUUGUUGUUGUUGUUGUCGUCCUCGUGGUUCCACUUCAACCCCGGUUUCCACUGUCUUCAAUAUCUUGUCAUGGAUAGCCUCAGUUAUAGCGUUGAUUCUAUUGUUUGGGGGUGCGGCGCUAAAUAAUCGAGAGGGUGGGCAGAUAGAUUCUUAUGGUAGAAUUGCAUGUUAUGUUGUAAAACCUGGGAUCUUGGCAGCCGGGGCUGUGCUUUCACUUUUAAGUGCAAUUUUCGGGAUUGUGGCUUAUGUUUCGGCAUCUUCGGCUAAGCAAAUGAGACCACAACUUGAGUUCGCGCUUCCGGCUUCCACCAAUGUUGAUCUGGAGAAAAACGUUCCCUUGCCUCCUCAACAGUAAUAUAAUAUAUUGAAAGCACACUCUCGUGGCAUUCAUCCUAAGCUUGUUUCGCGUUUGAGUAAUCUAUUUCGGUUAUUUGUUAAUAUUGGUAAUGGUACUGAUUAUUGCAAUACACUGUUUGGACCUUCAUUAUUGAACCUUUACUUUUCUUUGAUUAA